CGUAAUUGAAAAUAGAAGACGAGUAUUGUUUUCGCUCUGUAAAAUGCCAGGAAGACAACAAAUUGUUGUUGACUGCUGGACUGCAUCUGCAACUUGAUCAAGUGCCAAAAUCUUUUCUGCAAGAAGUGGUAGGUACAAGAAGAAGGAAAUGGAAAAGUUUAUCGAAAUGACGAUCAGGAUCACUUCGAACAAGCAAUGCGAAUAUGUAGACGCAGCAAUCAACGCGAUCCACAUUUUUGCUAUUUGAAGUGUGUCGACUUCAGAAGUAGUACCAGCCUAGGAGUUCGAGUUUCUUCUUCUCCCCUACUUCAUCGACAUUUUUUUUUCCUUUUGAUGCUGGAGCUAACUCUUUACUUGCUGCAAUUUCGUAUUUUUCGCUCAUGAGUUGUAGUUUUGCUGAAAGGAUUUUACACUCGUCCAGACCUCUACACCGCCUUAGUACCUUCCAAACAGAAACGAAGCGUAAACGCCGAAUUAGUUGAAGGUUUCCUUGUGUCACCUUAUCCUUUUUAGUGCCUCGUCUUAAUCGAUCCUACAAUAGAGAGGUCAAGCAAAAGAAAAAAAUGAACGCCUCCGGCGGGACCAACUGGCCCUCGGACCCAAACGCGUACGAGAAGACCACCCUUAUCGGGACUGGCGCCUCCGCCAAGGUGCACAUUGCGAAGACGAACGACAACAGAAUAUGUGCACUGAAAAUAUUGGACUUGGAAGCGCUCGUGCACGACGAUGUGUUGGACGAAAUUCGAAAAGAGUUGCAGGCCAUGGCUUUGUGCCGUCACCCCAACGUCAUUUCGCACUACGUGUCUUUCCCCUACAAACGACAAAUGUGGCUGGUCAUGCCACUGAUGCCCGGAGGCAGUGCCGCGGAUCUGUUGCGAUCCCAGUUCCCGCACGGGUUUAAGAAUGAACUCGGAAUAUUGCUGCACAUCCUCUACGAAACCUUGAAGGCACUGGAGUAUUUACACGACGACAAAAACAAACAGAUCCACCGGGACUUGAAGGCAGCAAAUCUACUUCUCGGCGCGCAGGUACGAUGAAGCUGAAUGUUUUUGGUUCGAAAGCGAAACAUCAACCAAGUCCAAGUUCACCACGUCUUCCGCGUUUAUUGCUUUGAACUACAAAUGCUGCAGCUAAAACAAAAACUCAAAGAAACAUAUGCUCAUUAUUUCGAUUCCAACAGGCUGAGGUCUUUUACUUUUUGAGACGAUAUUUUGAGAAAAAAAACGAAAACUAAAUCAGGGCGAAGUGUGCCUCGCGGAUUUCGGCGUUGCGGCUACACUGAAAGAGCAGCGAACAAGGAAUACCUUCGUCGGGACUCCGUGCUGGAUGGCCCCGGAAGUGCUGCAGGCCGGACAGAGUGGCGCGCAGGGGGGCUACACACAAAAGGCGGAUAUUUGGUCCCUGGGCAUCACCGCACUAGAACUGUACAACGGCGAGGCGCCCUACCAGCGGCUGCACCACUUGAAGAUCAUGCAGAACAUUUUGGACAAGCCCCCACCUGUCGCGCCCCAGGAGGCGGACCCGGGGUUUCGUGAGUUUGUCUCCUACUGCCUGCAGAAGAACCCGAGCAAGAGGCCCGGUGCCAAGGAGCUGAUCGGGGCCCGGAAUUUUGGCUGGGAGAGACGGACUCCCGACCGCCUGAAAGCGAUCAUUGAGCGCCUUCCCCCGCUGGAGGAAAGGAGAAAGAUCAAACAGCUCGCCGAGCGAAAUCCGCAGACGUCCGGUGCGAGCGGUGGCCCAAAGGGACAAAGCGGCGCGACCGAGGAGUGGAACUUUGAUUUGCCGGAAGACGAAACCAGCAAGGACCUGGCCGCGGAUAAGAAUGUUCCCGGACACGUCACCUUUGCCGGUUUGCCGGAGGACGAUGAGGCAUAGUCGUAGAGGUUUCUCUGGAGCGGUGUGAUGGUGAAUCUGCAGGCAUAGAGGUUUCUCUUGUCGUUCUGGAGCUGCAUGCGCAUUCAUCCAACAUUUUCAUGUAUCACCCGAAAUGCAACUACGCACUGAAGAAAAAGCUGACUCAUGUGGACAAUUGCAAAAGUCCUUUAUCGCACCCGCAAACGCAGUACUUCACCUAGUUCCGCCCUCAUGAAAAACAUUAUACCGCCAUUAUCAUACGAAACAUAUUCAUCGCUGGCGACACAGACAAAGAACUGUAUAGAAAAACGACAUCAAAUAAGUAAGACCCGGAAGUGCC